GUGCUUCAAGACCUUUUGAUUCUGCUAGUCUCGAGCCGUUCCACUCCAACGAUCACGUUCGAAUCGCCGAUUCGCCAUCAUCCAUCGCCGGACAGCCGCCAUGGCUCCUCCGCUGGAAGUGGCCAUCUGGUCUUCCCCACGAUUUCCUGCGUAUGAGGUAGAUGGUGCAUGAUGCUUCAGUUUUUCCUUCGGGUACUCUCAUUACGGCACCGUCAUCUGCGAGGAUUCCGGGGCCGGAGUAGAAGACGAAUGCGAAGGCUUCAUUGGUGAAUACCAUAUGAUCCGCCUUGUGUGCUUUAUUUUCUGGUAUUUUGACUUCUCUUAGUCGUAUUACUUUGCAUACACGGUCCCUUUGACUAACGAGUACUUGCUGAUGUUUCGUAAUAUUGCACAUGAGUCGAUGAAACGGAAAGGGUUAAACUAAGGGCAAAUGUGGUCUGGGAAACUUCUUGGCUGCAAUGUUCUCUAAUCUGUUACAGUUAACAAUUUCGUUGCUGAUCUAAAAAUGGGUAAGAAUAAGGAAAUGGAAACAGGAUGGUUAUGCAGGCCUAGGUUGGAAAACCAGACAUUUGGAUUAGACAAACUUUGCAUACUUUUUUUUCUUUGUCUAUUCUUCGAAAUCACAUUCUCGGAAGGAUGCUUAUAUCAUAUGCUAUUUGUUUUAGUUGAUUGUUGAUGUUAAAUUUGAUACUGAGUCAAUUGUCCUGAUGCUAUAAUUGACCAUUCCUUGGUAGGUCUAGCUCAAAUUAUGUGAAAACAGUCAUGCUAUUUAUUUAUUGAAGACUCAUCUUGCCUAAAGAAUUCCCUUAAUCAGCUUAUAGCCUUUAAUUGAAACUAAAUUAAGAUUCAAAAUCUCUCCCAUUUUAAGGCUUGAUACCUUUCUCAAGGCCCAAGUCUAACUAACCUAGAAUAAUUCUUAAUUAGCCAUAUAUGAGGCAUGAAGGAUCCAUCAUACGUUAUAUCAACAUCAACAAGCCCUAGACUACUCUAAAUUAGUAAAUUCUAAAUGAACCAAAUGUGAUAAUUGACCCAUUAGUGUGGUAGGCAAACAAUUGACUUUAAAUGCUUAUACCCAAGAGAAUUUUAAUAGAUUCAUUGGGGUAUUAUAGAUUUCCUCAAUUAGCGUACCCUCCUCAAAAGUGCAACUAAAUUAGGGGUGUGCCCCAACUAACUUUUAUUAGGAUAAGUUAUAAAUCAAUUGUUUGCUUGAACUUCAAAUCAUGCAAGAAAUAGUUGGUGAAGUUGAAUCUCAAACCAUGUUUUUCUUAUUGAGAGUUUUAUGUUGCAGAUUUAUUUACCUAACAUUGGUCUUAUCAUUAGGAAUCUUUUGCAGAAUCUCAAAUAAGUGUUAUAAGAAAUGCACAAAUAAAUUCUAAUGUAGACAUAAAGUAAUUCUAAUUUGGCAUUGUGUUUCUUGUAGCACAUUUACAAGAUGACUAUUCUUGUUGAUGCUACUGAACAACUGGUCAAGGGUACUUGAUCAGUCCCAAGAUGUGUUUGUUGCUAAUGUAGCCUUUCUGAGCUUUUUAUUGGCCAAGAUGAAUGCAGAUGCCCAACCAACUCCACCAGAGAUAUUAGCACACUUCCUUACAAAUACCUAAAUAAAUUAUCUCAGAUGCACAUGGAUGAAAGCCAGACUACCACUUCUUUUAAAACACCUGUUUUGGCUACAUCUACUUCUCUGAGCUUGUGGAGCAAUCAUGAGAUGAAACAUCAUCUUUCUGGAUCUCCAAGUUAUCUGUGGAUGUAUUUUCUGAGAGUCGAUCUUCAAGAGCAAGUUCUGAGCAUGAAAGGGAAAGGUGCUUCUAUUGUUGUAUCACAGCUGAUGGCUGGUAUCUCAAGGUUGUCACCUGAGGGAGACACGUGGAAAGAUGAAUAUUACUUUUUAUGUGACAACAAUCGCUCAAAUAGUAAUGAUGGGGCUCAAGCAGUUAUGAUCCACGAAGAUGAUUUUGUAUCGGAAAUGCAGUCCCUGCAGCUGAAACCCCUCUGCAUAACAAUGCUCAUCUCCCUUGCCACUUCCAUCCAGCAUUCCUACCUCAAAACAGAAGCCCUUGAAGUUGGUCCCGAUUUCCUUCCAUAAUCUUCGUCGCUGUCCUGCACGUGCCCAUCAACGACUCCUACGGAUACAAUACAUAUUUGAGACAUCUCAAGAAGUUGCAUUUCGUCAAAGUAGGUAGCAGUUGCAGUGAUCUGAUACAUCUUCCAAAGCAAAGUAACAUUGGAACUUUUGGUUCUUAAAGUACAUGGAGAGAACUGUGACUUCUCUCUUACUGUUUUGUGUUUUUGAUGGCCACAAUAGAAUGCAAUGCUGCAACUUGUUGUGUCUGUGGUUUCUGUCCUCAGUCAGUGCUAGAACAGUGAAUGUAAACAGAUCUAUACUAUGUAUUAUGUGGAAAUAAGUGAAUGUACUUUAAAGUCUUUAAGGUAUUUGAUUGUGAUAUUUGGAGACAACAUUGCAGUGACAAUGCUGGUAAACAAUUAUGCAAGAUUCUCUCACAA